CUUACAACACAAAACAAAGCCUUUUUUUUUGUUUUCCCUGUGUGUGGAGUGGAGAUAGCAGCUAACUAGGGUUUCCGCAUCCUCUUCGUGAAAGGCGAAAAUCGAAAGAUGGGAAGAGAAAGAGAACAAGCACAGGUUGGUUACGCAGUGGAGCAGCUUCUUGCUCUCAAUCCCUACAAUCCUGACAUUCUUCCAGAUCUCGAAAACUAUGUCAAUGACCAGGUUUCAUCACAAACAUACAGUCUGGAUGCAAAUCUGUGCCUUCUUCGUCUCUACCAGUUUGAACCAGAGAAAAUGAGUUCCCAGAUUGUAGCCCGCAUAUUGGUUAAGGCCCUCAUGGCAAUGCCAGCUCCUGACUUCAGUCUGUGUCUCUUUCUGAUUCCUGAACGUGUGCAAAUGGAGGAGCAGUUCAAGACUCUGAUUGUUCUGUCUCACUAUUUGGAGACAGGAAGGUUUCGGCAGUUUUGGGAUGAAGCAGCAAAAAGUCGUCAUAUAGUUGAAGCUGUGCCAGGAUUUGAGCAGGCAAUCCAGAGCUAUGCGGUUCAUGUCAUUUCCUUGACUUACCAAAAGGUUCCUAGAACUGUGCUUGCUGAGGCUAUCAACGUUGAAGGUUUAUCCUUGGACAAAUUCCUUGAACACCAAGUUGCCAACUCUGGUUGGGCUAUUGAGAAAAGCCAAGGCAAGGGUCAACUCAUUGUCAUCCCCAGAAAUGAGUUUAAUGACCCAAUUUUGAAGAAAAACACAGCCGAUAGUGUACCUUUGGAGCACAUUACUCGCAUCUUCCCUAUUCUUAGCUAACUUUUUCUAUGGCGGACUGCAAGUUUUCUUUCCAGGAGGAUUUAUGCAAAUUUGGCCUCACCUUGCAGCAUCUCCCCCCUUGGAUGCUUCAAUAUGAGAAUUAGUGGACAGAGAUUGUACUUUACUCUUAUGUUUUGUACUAAUGGCUGAAAAUUAAAUUGCUUUAGAAUGUUUUGUUAUUGAUUGGGGAUUAAUUCCUUGAAUAGAUUUUCUCUUCUCUUUAUAGUGCCUAUAAUAUUCCUGACUAGUUGGACGGAA